AUGAAGGAGCGACUUGUGUGGAAUUUUCUGGUGAAGGUAACAAUAUCAAAUGUUGCAGCAAGUAUGGGACAGGGGGAGGAGCCAGAAGCCAGACCAGUCAAUGAAUACUGGAGGAGGCACAGAAACGGGAGCAGAAGAGAGAUGAGAGCAUUGUUGGCAAUAUAUUUUUGUUGUCAGUUUGAGUCUGGAGGGAUUGGAAGAUUGGGGGACCAGUCCAAGAGAAAGCAGAAAUGGACGCGCAUUGAUGAAGGUGUGAUCAAAUAUUGCGGUGGGAGAAGGGGUGAUGAAAGUCCACUAGAGGCAGCUGUAAAGGCAUGUGUAAAGAAAGAGGACAUGGUAGUAUCAGGGGCACUGACAAGAGCUUGGACCUUACGUGACAAUGUUGGCAGGUGGUGUGGGAGUGAUUAUGUAAGAAAUUGGGAUCUUCAAACAAGUAGCCGCAGUGGCUAUUACACCUACAAAUGUAUGUGGCAAUUGUUCCAAGGCAUGAAGGAGUACGAACAGGGAGCUUUGUCCAGUUUGGAGUAUGAGAGGACAACGUUGUGGGAACAAGAAGAGCAACCGGUGAUCCAGAUCUUUGGGGUCAUGGCUGUAGCCAUUGCUGUGAUUUUGAAGAUGGUGCUGACCAACGGGACCAUAUUUGUGGUGAAGAAGUCGAGAGGAUGGGACCAAGCCAACACGAUUGUAGAGCACCUUGUUGCAAUUCUGGAUUCUGCAGACAAAGUCCACCCUGAAAGCGUAGCAAGCAAACUGUAG